UCUUCCAGGUUAAAUCAUCUGUCGCCAUGCGCCGCGUUGCUAAGGAAGUGAUUCGUUCAGUGUCUCUUAUGGUAACUUGCUGUACAUAUUAACAGAUAACAUUUAAUCUGGACCGCAUAUCAUCUUGUCUUUAUCUGCUGUGGGAGCCUGUCCAUGAUAUGUGCAGGUCGGAGAAUGUACAUUCACUGCGCAAUACGGCGCCUCGAACAAUUUAAUUUUCAAACAAAACAAGAUGUGGGUAUGUGAAUAAUUGGCUGAAACUCUUCAAACUGUAAGCAAAACUUCUGGAGAUGAGAGACAAUAAUGAACCUGCUGAACAGUGUGUGAUCUCAGUCUGUGAACAAGACGUGGUCCUAAGGAACCACAGUCAGGUACUCUCCUGGCAGCCUGAUGGUGGAGCAGACUUUCUGCGAUGCAGAAAACUACACAUGUGCCUGUAGUGACACCCUGAGAUUCUCUGCUGAGGAGAUGGAGAAAGUCAGUCAUACAAGUCCGUGUUCAGCAGAGCAGCCGUUCCUACCCAAGCCUCCUGCCCAUAUGAAGGAUCAAACCAUCUCCUCUGCCAGACAGAGGAGGAGGAAUAAUAAGGCCAGUCAGGAGAGUCUGACUGACCACACAGGUACUGGGUCCUCCACAGACUCCCUCCAGGAUGAUAGCACAGGCCGGCCUGUCUUCAGUAGCACUGCCUCUCUCCAGAAUGAACAGAACGCUGUGGAUGGUCUUCUCAGGGACAGCCCCAGGGAUGUCACCUUCUCCAGAGGGCAGGAGGACCCUGAUCCCUGCAGUCUGGCCGGGCAGCACAUGAAGUCCACCAAGGUCUGUCUCUCUCCACUGCAGCCUUGUCCAUCCCCUGCUGUAGAGCCCUGCACUGCUUCCACGUCCUUAAGGACGGCUAAUGAGAUUGACGGGGAUUGUGAGGAUUAUGAGGCAGUGGCCAGAGGGGGUUUGGAGCGCCUGCACAGGAACUACUGUGACUGCCAGCUUUCGGAGACCAUGGUGUCUGACAACACCUCCCUCAACUCCAUGAAGUCCUCCUUCAGUGUACUCAACCCCAUUCGACCCAAGGAUGCAAGGAACAGAAGCUUCUUGGAGGGCAGUGUUCUGGGCCAUGGUGCAUUGCUUGGGGCGGGUGAGCUUGACCGAUACUUCCCUGAAAGAAGAGUUGGAGUCUAUAUUGUCACAUGGAACAUGCAAGGAGAGAAGGAACUUCCCUCUAACCUGGAUGACCUUUUGUUCCCCAUGGAUACUGAAGCUGCUCAGGAUUUAUACAUCAUAGGAGUCCAGGAGGGCUGUGCUGAUAGGAGAGAGUGGGAUAUUCGCCUGCAAGAAGCUCUGGGGCCAUAUUAUGUUAUGUUGUAUGCUGCUGUUCAUGGCGUACUAUAUCUAAGUGUCUUCAUUAGGAGAGACCUGAUCUGGUUCUGUUCAGAAGUGGAACAUGCUACGGUCACAACACGCAUAAUCUCGCAGAUCAAAACCAAGGGUGCAGUGGGAGUCAGCUUCACCUUCUUCGGCACUUCCUUCCUCUUCAUCACUUCCCACUUCACCUCUGGAGAUAGUAAAGUGUAUGAAAGGAUUCUAGACUACAACAAGAUAAUUGAAGCACUGACUCUUCCCAAAGUCAUUCCGGACACCAACCCUUACCGCUCCAUCACCUCGGAUGUGACGACCCGAUUUGAUGAGGUCUUCUGGUUUGGGGACUUUAAUUUCCGUCUCAGUAAAGACCGGGCAGCAGUUGAGGGCAUUAUGAAGGAGAACCUGGGGUCAGACAUGAGCCCCCUGCUUCAGCACGACCAGCUAUCCAAGGAAAUGAGGGAUGGUUCCAUCUUCAAAGGGUUCCAAGAAGCACCCAUACACUUCCUUCCGACAUACAAAUUUGACAUUGGCUUUGAUGUAUACGACACCACGUCAAAGCAGAGAACUCCUUCAUAUACAGACCGGAUACUGUACAGGAGUCGACAGAGGGAUGACAUCAAGGCAGUCAAGUAUGCCUGCUGUUCAUCCAUCAAGACAUCGGACCACCGGCCUGUAAUUGGCAUAUUUCAGGUCAAACUCCAACCAGGAAGGGACAACAUCCCUCUGGGGGCUGGUCAGUUUGACAGAGACUUGUUUCUGGAGGGAAUCCGGAGGAGAAUCACCCGGGAGCAGAAGUGGAAGGAGGCGAUGAAGAACCAGAAGAGCAGCAGCGUUUGUUCCAUCUCCUGAAUCAUGGGCACCAGAGGAACUGGAACAGAUUGGUUGAAGGCCUCUUUGUUUGACAGUGCAAAAAAAGUUGACUUUUACAUCAGGCCUGCAGACUCAGCAGAAUGCCAUUUAUUUUACAUUCCACAGAAAUCCAAGGAGAUGCCUUGGUUCAGCUUCCAAUGACUUCUCUUUGAAGGUUAUUCCACAUUAACCAAAUAUUUCUUAUGUAUGUAUAAUACUCUAUUUUUGUUUAUUUAUCCAGCUGUUGGUGUAUAGGCUGUGUGUGGGAAAUCUCUUUGCAUCUUGAGCUUUUUAUUAGAUUUCAUCACUAUGAUUAUUCUGUUACAUGACCUAACAUGUAACAGACAAGUUCAAUAGGUUAACAGACAAGUUCUGCUUUACUUGUGCAAGAUCAUACACGGUAAGCCCAGACUAAUAAUCUGUUGAUGUUGAUCUGAGCUGGUCCUCCUUUGUGUAGUUUCAUACUGAGUAAGGAAAGUGUUGAUGGAAAAGGAGCCGUUAUCAUGUUUUGUGUUGCCUUAAAACAUAGCCUUCAGCUGAGAUUCAGCAUAAGAACGUGUAUUAAAGCCUGCAUCAAUGCUUAUGCCUUUGAUUAACAAAUGGAAAAGAAAACUUGAAGUAACAUUCUGCUCUGAUGACCUUGGGGGAUUUGUAGGAAUAGCUGAAUUGUGAAGUGCUGUAAAAACCUUGAGAGUAAAAUUCCUUUCUUUACUUCUUCACUUGGGACCUAUUGGGCGAAGAAACUAAACAACGUAUUUGUCAAUGCUGAUAGAGCUGAAACUACAACCUGAAUCCUGGGCAUAACGUCACACUGCAAACUAACUGUUGUGGAAGCUAUGACUUUGUAUUCUGCUGCAAUUGUACCUGUGAGCAUUUGAUUCUCAACUGUUCCUCACUUUGUGUGCAGACACAUUGAUAAAGGGGAGCCUUUUUUCCAUUGUCCUUUUCUUUUGCAUUUAAAUGACAACUCUCACAUCCUUCAAAAUCCAAGAUGAAUGGCUGCAUAAAAUUACUUUAUGGAGAAUUUUGAGGUCAAAACAAUACGGCAUGUACAGAGUAUGUAAACAUGUUUUUAAGGAAUUAUGACUCUGAAAGUCUGAAUAAAACAUUUCAUUUUAUAAACUUA